AUGACUUACUAAAAGUUGGAAGGCCCUGGCAUUUCUGUGUUAGCUGCAGCACCAUCUGUGUUGCAUCGGCACCGCCAAGUUCAUCAUGCGGUGAUCCCCCAUGGAAGAAGUGGACGAUCCUCUGUUAGUGGCAUCGUGGCCACUGUCUUUGGGGCUACAGGUUUCCUGGGACGAUACGUUGUCAACCGUUUAGGUCGUAUUGGAUCUCAAGUAAUCAUACCCUAUCGCUGUGAUCAGUAUGACCUCAUGUAUCUGCGACCGAUGGGUGACCUGGGGCAACUUCUCUUCUUAGAGUGGGACUGUAAGGACAAAGACUCUAUCCGAAGAGCCGUGGAACACAGCAAUGUGGUCAUUAAUCUUGUUGGAAAGGAAUGGGAAACAAAAAACUUCAAAUUUGAAGAUGAAUUUGUAAAUAUUCCUAAAAGUAUUGCGCAUAUAACUAGGGAAGCUGGUGUGGAAACACUCAUUCAUAUCUCUCACCUGAAUGCUAGCAUGAAGAGCCCUUCCAAAUACCUCAGGACUAAAGCUGUUGGAGAGAAAGCAGUGAGGGAAGAAUUUCCAGAUGCUAUAAUUUUGAAGCCCUCUGAGAUGUUUGGGAGAGAAGACCGAUUUCUCAAUCAUUACGCAAACAUGCGGUGGUUUGGUGGUGUGCCUCUUAUUUCUCUGGGCAAAAAAACAGUGAAGCAACCAGUAUAUGUGGUUGAUGUAGCAAAGGCAAUUAUUAAUGCAAUUAAGGAUCCUGAUGCUAAAGGAAAAACAUACGCCUUGGCUGGACCUAAUCGAUACCUACUUUAUGACAUGGUAGAAUACAUCUAUGCGGUUUGCUUUAGAACCUUUCUUCCCUAUCCGCUUCCUCGUCCUCUCUACCAUUUAGUUGCAAGAUUCUUUGAGAUCAGUCCAUUUGAACCAUGGUUAACACGAGACAAAGUGGACCGGUUUCACACAACAGACAUGACGUUUCCUGAUCUUCCUGGUUUGGAAGACCUGGGUAUUCAACCAACAUCACUAGAACAAAAAGCAAUUGAAGUUCUGCGCCGUCACCGCAGAUACCGCUGGUUGGAAGCUGAGCUGGAGGAAGCAAAACCAGCCAAGACAUAUCCCAUGUAACAGUUGAUAAGGUGGUUACUUAACACUUCUUAAACUGCCUUUGUAUGACCCAAUUUGUUUGGAAAACUGUGUACAUACUGAGUAAAGUAUAUUAAUC